GGUUUCUCCUUAGUCAUUUUUCUCUAACAAUAGGAUAUCAUAACUUCCCAUCUAUCUAUCUUUGGAAGUCGGACGAAGGAGAAACAGCUCCAGGCGGAGGAGUAUUGGACUUCAGUUUCAGAGGGCUCAAGAGAGUGGAAGUAUAUUCGCAACUUUUAGCUGGAGACGCAUACUUUUUGCGUUCCAAUCUAGCUGAAUCUAUCGAUUUUCACCUACUGCCGGAGCCCGUGUUCAACCGUUUAAAAGAAGUCUAUGGUCUUGAAUUGGCUGAUCGCGACUACAUAUGCCGGAAAGUCGUCUCCAAGAACGGGAAGCCCGUCGUAGAAGUUUAUCCUCGUGUUGUUAAUGUUUAUCUCGCUAGGGACAACUCGAAAUGUUGCGAAUUACGGUUAACUGGAAGUGAUACAUUACUCGAUCUAAGGGACCGCGCUCUCAAAUCUCUCGGUUUGUCCUCAAUUCCUCCUGAGAGACUCCGUUUUUAUAUAGCACAUUCUGAUAAGUACGAGUUAAUUGACAUUUCGCAGCAGAAUGUAGAUAGUUACUUCGAUACGGCUCAGAAGGUUUAUGUAGAUGUAUGUAAUUCGGAAGAUAGGUGGUUCAUCAACAACGAUAAACCAUCAGGAUCGAGGAUUGGCUAUCCUUCAAAUUCGCUCUCUACGUCAUAUUCGUGA